GCCAAUUCAGAAGCGGAAAAAUCCGGGUUACGGAUACUAGCACCAAUUCUCGGGGGCAGCUCAAGAGAAACCUUCAGCAAUUUCUACCAUCCACUCACUCACCUGCCAAAAGAUACACAUUUUUCUUGCGCCUCGGAAAAACCUCUAUUCGGCCAUAGACAAAAUGAAGAUGUAAAAGAAUCGGCAUUGGUGGUGAAGAAAUAUGGAGAACAAACAACAAAGAGAGAUAUGAAGAUUCCAAAUUCAUGGGUUCUUAAAAAGACAUACCAACUGAAUCAGAAAAAUAAAAGCCAACAUGACGCCGGACUAAUUGAGUUAUUCCAAGAACCUUAUCUAAAACUACCUUUUACCACUGCACCUGAAGGGCAAAGUCGUCCAUAUCUGUCGAUUUCUGCUUACCCUUAUGUUACACCGCCAUCAGCGUACUCAAAAAACAUUUCAAAGCCACAUUUAGCCUCAGAAACCAAUUCCAACAGUCAAUCAGCAAAGAAUUUUCCAAUUAGAACUCCUCAACUUUCCCCAAGUUGCCACACUUGCAAUUCUAUGCUUGCUACAGUAGAUAAAACAAUUUCUUUUCCUAGCUCCCUUAGAUACGCCUGCAUUAGGGAAACUCAGGCCAGGGACUAUAAAUCUCCUCACCAGCCAUCCAGUAAAUCAAGCUUACAGCCCCAAGAAGGUUUUUUAUGCCCUACCACUAGCCGAGUUGAUACGGCUGACAAAAGGCAACCUUUCAUCAUAACCGAUGUUAAACGUCCACUUGUCAGCACACAAAUAUGUCAGGGAGCUCAUCUCGAAUCAUUACAGCAAGUUUGUGACAGUGCUGCUUUCUUAGCGUUGCCGAUCGCCGAGUCUAGUCUAUUCAAUACGUCGAAUGAGCUAAUUUUGCCUCAGGUCCCGGAACGUAUGCUGCGAAUACCAAGAACGACUCAGCCUUUACAAACUCCAAGACACAAUGACCUACCUUCAAGUACCAAAGUUCGGUUGGCUCGUAUCCAAGACACUCAAGAUUGGCACCAGCUGGUUGGGACGAAGCAUUACUGGCGAAUAAGUUUAUCAGAAUCAGAGCAGGCUGGAGCGAAUCCUAAAAAAACAAUCCUGACUCGACCUGAUGCAUGCAGUUCAGGCAUCAAUAGCCCUUGCAGCACCAGCAAUGUCGCAACACCAAGUGUAUUCGCCUCUUAUAAUUCCUGUGACUCACCGUGCACGCUGACAGCAGAAACUAUGCCUCCAUCAUCACCAUUACAAAAAUUACAGUUCAAUUUGCCGGGCUUUCAUGUGACAGCUACUAGCAAUAUGGAAUCUGGCGACUUUACUUCUUCCCUCAGUCCAGCCGCCUUCCCCAGGCAACUCAGCUUCGAAUAA